AUGGCAGGCCUCCCAAAGCUGCGCGCGCUGCUCCUCGCGGUGGCGGGCGUCGGCGCGCUGCGGAGCGCGCCGAGCCGCUUCGCGAACCGGGGCAGCGCCGCGUCGGCGCGGAAGCGCAUCCUGCCCGUGCUGCGGCCCGAGGGCGGCGCGCCGGCGCUCAUGCCCGUGCCCGGCCUCAAGCGGCGCCCAGGGCAGCAAAAGGGUGAUUCAACGCGGCGCCUGCGCUACGCCCUCUCCGGCGCGGCGCAGGUCGCCUUCGUCGGCGACCUGAAGAAGUACGGCGCCUGCGUGCGGCUCCUCGACGACGGCACGGGCGUCGUCUGCGACGUCGCGCUCGCCGAGGUCGCGGACGACGGGUCCGCGGCGGCCGUCGUCGCGGGCUGCGAGGACCUGGACGCGCGCGUCGCCAUCGGGCGCACGGCCAAGGAGUUCCCCUAUACGGCCGUCGAGUGCGGGCCCUGCGCCGACGACGAGGCGCCGCGCGAGGACGACCCGCUGGCGCCCUACGACGUCGUCGACGGUUUGGGAUCCGUGGAGGACGAGCGGGAGAAGUGCUUCGGCGUGCUCAAGCGCACGCUCGAGCUCUGCGACCGCAUCGACGGCGCCCUCGGGGCCGUCGACGGCCUCGGCGAGCCCCUGCCCGAGGGCGAGUACCGGCGGAUGCUCGACCGGCUCGAAGAGGCGCGCGCGGCGUGCCUCGACGAGGACGCGUUCCUCGACGGCGCGGCGGCCGCCGCGGACCGGGAGAGGCGCGAGCGGCGCUUCUCCUUCGCCAUGCUCGCGCUCGUCGACGCGCCGGACGGCGUCGCGAGCAACUGCGUCCGCAGCCGGUCCGCGGCGCGGCGCUACGCGGCCGUCGCGCGCCACGCGGGCCCGCUCUACAAGGAGCUCGCGGCCAUCGCGAGCCUCAUGGCCGCGGCGGCGGGAAAGCGGCCGCCGCGGCCCGCGCCGAGCGACGCGCCCCUCGCCUUCGCGGCGCUCCGGCCGGGCCGCCGCGUGUCCUACUGGUGGAGCGAGGACCUCGGCUGGGCGUCGGGCACGGUCAAGGCGACGCCGGCGUCCGAGUCCGUCACCAUCGACUUCGACGCGCCCGAGGGCGACGUCGAGGUCCGCCACCUGCCGCUCCUCGCCACCGCUUCCGUCGGCCGCGCCGCCGAAGCCAUGGCGCCGAUCCUCGACGACUACGGCGCGGCGUCGGCGACGGACGAGGACCUCGCGCGGCGCAAGGCGCGCGACGCCGUCCACAGCAAGUGGGACUCGCACCCGGAGGUCACGAAGAAGCCCAGCGUGCGCGACAUGGAGAACGAGCUGCCCGAGGGCAUGAAGUUCGUCGACAACGAGUCGAACGCGACGGAGCGCGAGGAGGCCGAGCACCGCGACCGCAUGGACCGCGAGAUGGACGAGACGUGCAGCCUCGAGACCGCGCGGCGCCUCAUGACGCUCCACCGCGACGGCGCGCCCAUCGAGCAGCUCCGCGCGGAGUACGAGGAGAUGGACAAGAACGAGCGCCACGGCAUGCUGCCCAUGAUGAACGACGACGAGCGCGCGGAGCUCGCGGAGUGGUCCACGAAGCUCAACAACGCGCUCCGCGCGGAGAACGAGUCCAAGGGCGACAAGAAGCUCGUCCAGCGCCGCGAGGAGAUCUACCUCGAGUACCGCAAGCGCUACGUGCGCGUCCGCAGCGACAUCGAGGUGCGGGAGAAGCUCAAGGGCAUGGACGAGGGCACCGCCGCCGCGUGGCGCGAGGCGGACCGCCUCGAGCGCGACGAGGGCAAGAUGCCCCAGGACGUCGCCACGGAGUUCCGCGCGCGCAUGACCGACGAGGAGUGGGCGAAGAUGGAGGCGCUCACGGACAUCGCGAAGAUGCAGGAGGCCGGCGCGUCCAUGACGCAGGUCCAGGAGGCGCUCGCGGCGCACGACCUCGCGUCCGAGGACGACAUCGAGAAGCUCUUCUACAACGCGGACUACCGCGACAAGACCUUCGCGGAGCUGCCGCCCCGGGACGGCGGCGACGCGGCGCCGGCCGUCGACGACGACGGCUACGCGCUCGAGGCCACCGCGGAGAAGGCGCGCGGCUUCGAGCCGUCGAAAGGCGACGUCGGCCUCGAGGGCCGCCAGGCCAAGCUCAAGUUCGACCGGGGCUUCCUCGAGCGCGAGGCCCACAAGGACCGCGCGGAGAACCCGCGGCCGCCGAAGCCGCCGCCGCCGCCGUCGUCGUCGUCGGAGAGCGACGCGUCCGACGACGACGCGGACGCGGCGCCGCCGGAGCCGCCGGAGUCGCCGGACGUCGCCAUCGCCAAGCUCCGCGGCGCGGACCUGCCGGACAAGUCCAUCGCGGCCUACAUCGGCGACCUCCUCGGCCUCGACGACGCCAAGGCGGCGGCCGCGCUCGAGAAGGCGUCGCGAGAGUACGCGCGAUUGAAGUUCCCGAGCCCGGACAAGGCGCCCGACAAGGAGUCCGUCGAGCUCUACUUCGUCGCGCUCGCCGACGCCAUCGACGCCGCGCGCCAGCGCCGCGAGGCCGGCCACGACGAGGCGCGCGUCGUCCGCGAGCUCGUGGAUCGCAUGAAGUUCAACGUCGACCACCCGCCGGACCGCGCGCCGCUCGCCGAGCCGACGAUCCCCGAGCCCGACCGGCGCUCCAAGCUCCCCGCGGGCCAGAAGUACGACGGCGACCCGCUCUCCGAGGCCGACGUCCGCUUCAUGGUCGAGUGCGUCCGCAUCCGCGAGAGCGACGCCGAGGACGACGGGAGGCUCCGCGCGCGCGUCAUGCAGCACAUGCAGGCCCACGGCACGGCGUUCCUCGAGCACAUGGAGCACACGGCGAACCUCAUCACGCUCUUCCGCGAGAUGGGCGUCGGCCCGGACGAGCGCACGGAGCGCCUCAUCAUCCACUACCGCUGCGACGAGUGGACCGGGUAG